GUUUGAUUCGUCAUUAUCAGUGUGUCUGAGUGAAUCUCACACACACACAAGCCCUUUGCUCCCGGUCGAUCGGCUAAUUUCAGUCUCAGCAUCGGGAUUCUGAGGAAACUUUGCCCACGCGUGUGUCCGGAGGUGAACAUGAUGAACACUUGUGCUGUUCUGUUGCUGUGUGUCCUGAUAUUUCACGGAUCCAUCGGUGUCUUUCUUGACAAAGAUGGCGCCAGUUCUGUGUUGCAGCGCGUGAGGCGCGCGAACUCUUUCCUUGAGGAGAUGAAGCGCGGCAAUCUCGAGCGCGAGUGCGUCGAAGAAAUCUGCGAUUACGAGGAGGCGCGCGAGGUGUUCGAGGACGACACAAAGACGAAACAGUUUUGGUUGAGUUACUCUGCUAAGGAGCCAUGCUUGACCAAUCCGUGCAAGAACAACGGCACGUGUGUUUAUCUGGCGAGCACCUACUACUGCCUGUGUUCGGAGGGGUUCGAGGGAAAAUACUGUGAGAAAGGGUUCGAGGAGACGCUGAGGUGUCUUCACGUGAACGGAGGCUGUGAGCAGUUCUGUGAGGCUUCGGGUCCCGGGCGCUCGUGUCGCUGUGCCACAGGAUACACACUGGGGGCUGAUGGGACGUCUUGUGUUGCUCACGUUGAAUAUCCAUGUGGAAAGAUCCCGCUUCAGACGACAGACAAACAGCUCGCGGGGGGGAUUCACUGUCCGAGAGGCCACUGUCCUUGGCAGGCGCUGAUCGAUUAUAACGCAGAGAGUGUGUGUGGAGGAGCUCUUCUGGACGGCGGCUGGGUCGUGACAGCGGCUCACUGCGUUCAUCAGAAGGACCUGAAGCGCUUGAAGGUUAUCACAGGUGAUCAUGACCUGGAUGUGAUGGACGGCCCAGAGGAGGCGUAUGAUGUCUCUGCUGUGGUUAUCCACGAGAGUUACGACCCCGUGUCACUGGAUGGUGACCUGGCCCUCCUGAAGCUUCAUGAAGAGCUCAAGCGCUCGGCGUACGCCGUGCCCGUAUGCUUGCCCACGCCACAGCUAGCACAGGAGGAGCUCGUAGCCGUACGCUUCCACACGCUCAGCGGAUGGAGCAAGCGAACCGCCGGACACAACACGCACCCGGCGCGAGGCCUGAGCGCCCCGUCGUCUGGCGUUCUACAGCGGCUCAGCGUCCCGCUACUGCCCACAGAUCAGUGUGAGUCCAGCAGCCGCGUCAACGUCACUGCUAACAUGUUCUGCGCGGGCUACGUCGCGGGCGAACACGAGUCCUGCCGAGGACAUGACGGAAGUCCGCUAGUCACGCGCUACGGGGGAACCUCCUUCCUCACGGGCGUCGUGUCGUGGGGGCGAGGCUGCCAUCGGCCGGGGUACUACGGCAUUUACACCAAAGUGGCCAACUUCUUAAAAUGGAUUGAAAUGGUUGUGAAAACUCCCGUUGAGGGGUUGAAUAAUACAGCAGGGUCUCCUCUUGUCUUUACCCGAGGUUAAAGGUUUCGCCACUGAAGAAGCACUUCCGGUUCCCCAAAGACCCUUUCAGGGAUCAGUUCUUGACUCAGUAAAGGGAGAGAUGAAAUUAGCCCAUGAUUUACUCGCCCUCAAGCCAUCCAGGGUGUAUAUGACAAGAGUCAAGAAUUAAAAAAUGUCCUUUAUAAUGCCUGUGUAUGGCCGGUUUCUGUUUCGAAGUCCAUCCAAGUUUAUCUGUCCAUCAUAAAUCCAUUUCGAUGAUAAAAGUGCAUCUAUUGGUUGUAAUUCAUGGAUGCUUUGGAAUACAGACAGAUUAUUGCAGAAGGGAAAGCAAUAAAGUACAGAAUAAUUUGGACUAUUGGUAUUUGAACAACUAAUAUGGAUUGCUGGAGAAUCAAACCAAGUUGAGUUCCAUAUUUAAAGUUGAUAUCGUCCACAGAACCUCUCAUUGCACAAAAGGUCCUCUAAAUUAUUAAAAUGU